AUGGGCUUGUCACUUGCUUAUUUGCUUGGAAAAUCUACUGUAAGGGAAAUUGUGACGGAAACUUGCAAGGCAAUAUGGGACGCACUCAGUGAAAUUUACAUUACUUGGCCGCACGACUUAAUGAUAUCUUCAGAGAGCUGGUAUCAUCAGAACAAUCUUCCACAUUGUGUCGGUGCUGUUGAUGGUAAGCACAUCAGAAUCCAGAAGCCUCCGAAGUCAGGUGCAAAAUACUUUAACUACAAGAAAUUUUAUUCGAUCUCACUGCUUGCUGUCUGCGAUGCGGAUUUAAAUUUCACAUAUGUCUGUAUUGGGGGUUUUGGAUCACAAUCCGACCAGUCCGUUUGGACAUACUCAGCUCUGGGAACAGCUCUUCAAACAGAUGACAUAGAUUGGCCAUGCGAGACUCUUCUUCCUAAUUCCGAUAUAUCCUACGGAUACUUUUUAAUUGGCGAUGAGGGAUUUCCAUUGACCAAGUAUAUGAUGCGCCCAUAUAGUGGAAGAAACCUUUCGCAAGAUAAAACGAAUUUCAAUCAGAGAAUUUCCGCAGCAAGAAGCACAAUAGAAAGAUGCUUUGGUAUCCUGGCCAGCCGGUUUCGCAUUUUUCGCUCUGAAAUCGCAGCAAAUACAAAAAAUGUUGAGUUGAUUGUUCAAGCCGCCGUUACCUUGCAUAAUUUCAUCAAUAAAACCAGAGACAAAAAUACUCCUCAAGUAUCAGAUUUUAUGCCUCCAGAUUCAAGUUUUAAUGAUAUGCCGUCAGUAAGAGGCCGUACUUCACGAGAGGUUCAAAGUCUAACAAGGGAAGGUCUCGAACCGUGCGGAAGCCGGCCCUUAUAA